UUUUGCACACCAUCCACCAUUGCUUUGAUCAGUCUGGUAAGCUUCCCAUGGAAGCUGUUCUCGUCCACUGCUUACACGCCACAGCUGAAAGGAGUUGCGGAGCGCAAGAAUCGUUCUCUGAUGAAGAAUCUGGAUUGCAUUACUGGUACUAGGCUGAGGCGGUGAAUACAGCCAACUAGCUGCAGAACAUAUUGCCAACGAAGCCGGUUCAGGAGACGCCCUUCGAGAUUUGGUACGGAUCUAAGCCGGACAUGAGUGUGAUCCAGGUGUUCGGUUCGGAGCCGUAUGUGUUCAUCCCGAAGGAGAAGCGGACAACGCGUGGCGUUUGAUUGACUUGAAGAUAAACUAAAUCGUUUUCAGUCGAGAUGCUCCUUUCUUGGAGUUGGGAGAGAAGGUUCAGGAUGCGAUGGAUGAUGAUAUGAUCGAGUUGCCGCAGGUACCAGCGAAGCCAAAUAGCACCAAGGAGCAGGAGGAGUUGGAUGCGUCCGACACGGAAUCCACCGACGACGAUGAAGAGAAAGAAGGUUUCCGAGGCUUUGAUGAGGAGCAGCUGGGAGACGGAUUUCACGGAUUACAGGAGGAGCCGGCUCGCGUCCAGGAGGAGCAAUUCGCAGAUACAUCUCGCCGUUCUGAAAGGUCACCGAAGGGAGUUCCACCUGAACGUUACAUAGCUGAUGGCAGGUUGGCUCAAUGUCAGCAGGACGAACCUCGGAGCUAUCAAGAGGCAGUGAGUGGUCCGUAGAGUGGUCAAUGGAAGGCUGCCAUGAACGACGAGUUGAACUC